GUGGCGGCGCGCGGCUUGCAGGCGGGGCGCGGUACGGCCGGCGCCCGAGAGGACCUGAUGGCGGCGCCGGAGCGCGCGGGCCCUGGGGACGCCGCAGCGGCAGCCCUGGACGAGCUGUCUCGGAACCUGUCUUACUGGGCGCCAGGCGCGGGCAACGGCUCGCUGUCGGGCGCGUGGUACCGCAGGAACCAGAUUCACUUUUUUGGAGCUUUGCUGGGCAUCCUAGGAAACGUGGUAAUCAGUAUUUCCUUAAAUAUUCAGAAAUAUUCUCAUCUUCUGUCAGCACAGCGAGAGCACCCGAGGCCAUACUUCAAGAGCGUGCUUUGGUGGGUUGGAGUCCUGCUGAUGGCGGUGGGAGAGACGGGGAACUUCGCAGCCUAUGGCUUCGCACCCGUUGCUGUCAUCGCACCGUUAGGCUGUGUGUCUGUUGCAGGUAGUGCCAUUUUUUCUGUUAUGUUUCUAAAAGAAAACUUGCGAGCCUCAGAUAUACUUGGUAUGACACUGGCCAUUGCAGGAACAUAUUUAUUGGUGAACUUCGCUCCAAAUAUAACUCAGGCUGUCUCAGCAAGAAGUGUACAGUACUACUUUGUUGGCUGGCAGUUCCUGAUCUAUGUGAUUUUAGAAAUAUUAAUUUUCUGCAUUCUCCUCUACUUCCAUAAAAGAAAAGGAAUGAAGCACAUUGUGAUUCUGCUGACUCUGGUGGCCCUUCUAGCCUCACUGACUGUUAUAUCAGUAAAAGCUGUCUCAGGCAUGAUCACUUUUUCUGUGAUGGAUAAAAUGCAACUAACUUAUCCCAUCUUCUAUGUCAUGUUUAUCAUCAUGAUAGCAUCUUGUGUUUUCCAAGUCAAGUUCCUGAAUCAAGCCACAAAGCUCUACAAUACGACAGCAGUGGUGCCGGUGAACCAUAUUUUCUUCACAACCAGUGCCAUUAUCGCUGGUAUCAUCUUUUAUCAGGAAUUCCUUGGUGCUGCUUUUCUCACCAUAUUUAUAUAUCUGUUUGGGUGCUUUCUGUCAUUCCUUGGCGUGGUUUUGGUCACAAGAAAUCGAGAAAAGGAACAUCUGCAACAGUCUAUUAUUGAUUUUGGAAGUAUUCCUGGGAAACAAAUGCUGGACAAAAUACAACCAGAUUCAAAUGGCUUAUCCUAUGGAACCUUGCCUGAUGGAAGUGACUCAACAAAGAGCCAAAGUGGAGAGAAGAAAGAGGUCUAAACUGCUGAGAGGGAUAGCUGUCGGCCUGUUACUCGAUACCACCUUUUCAAAAAAGUUGCACAUGUUCGAUUUAUGUCAGCAGCUGUUUCAUGCUGACGUACGUGAGCAUUCGUUUCAGUCCUUUCCCCACUGUGGACAAUCAGAGCCCUCCUAAGCUUUGACAGCCUAAUGUUUGCAUGGAAUGUAAUUCAAAGUGUUCCCCACACCCUAGACCUCUCCCUAGCGAUCAUCUAACUGGCUAGAUCUUAAUUACAGCCUGGCUGCUCCGGCAGGAAUGUCACACAAAAAUGUGCCUUCACAAUGUGGUCAUGGAAGGCGUAGGUUGCUGCUCCUAUGUGGCUUGUAGAGUCUGGCACUUGGCUCUAAAGAAACACUUAGCCCCACAUGCUCAGUCCUGAAAGGUUUGAGAGCUUUUGUUUUUUUUUUCUAGAACACCUUUUAUGAGCAUCCCAUAUAAAGCUCACCUUCUUAUUCCAAAAUUAGAAUGGCAGGUUACCUUUUCUGAAAACUAACACUACUAAAAUCCUCCUUUAAAAACAAAGGGUCUCUUUAAAAUUAAAACUUAUAUCGUUUUCAGCCUUUUGGCUAAGAUCAAGUGUAAAAUUAAAACUUAAAAGUGGACUGUGUGAUGGUGUGUACCAAAACUCAAAGAUGUUGGCUUGUGGACUUUUUAAGCCUAGAAAUUAGAAAAUUUUAGAAAUUGGACUGUACUCACUUCUGCAGCACAUCUACUAAAACUGGAACAAAUACAGAAAAGGUUAGCAUGACCCCUGUGCAAGCAUAACAUGCAAAUCUAUGAAACAUUAAGAAAAAAUUACAGCCAACACUUGUUUUCUAAUAAAAGUAUAGAAUGGUGACAUUU